AUGGCCGAAGCCACGGAAGCGACUACGAGACGCCAGGUGGCGUUGCCGCUUCUGGACGCGGAUCGCCAGCACGAGUCCCACCGAUGGGCCAAGUGCCCGCAGAUGUCGAUGUUUUGCUUGCUUGCGUAA